AUGGAUCCACGCGUGUGGCCGUUAGAGGCUGCUCCGACGGGGCUCGCCGACGCGCCCCGACGCUCCGCGCCGUUCCCCACUCGACACGACGCAGCUUUGUUUUCCGCGCCGGACAGAGACAGGCAGCUGUGGGGAGAGGGCCUCGGGCAAGGGACACGCGAGCUCUUCGUCCCUCAGUCGCGAGGCUCGCCCCUCGACGAGAAUCGGAGUCGCCGGCGGAAGUCGUCGCUCCUCUCCACUGCAGCCGUUGGAACGAUGCCGGCUGCGGCUCCUGCGUCCUUCUGCACAACUCGUCCAGCACGCCACGAGAGUGCGCGGUGUCGCUACCCCACUUCAAGCGUCUUCGCCAGCGGCGAGACACUAGCCCGGCCUGCGGCUCUGUACCUGUCCGCUCUGGACUUCGUCGAGAAGCCGCGCAUGUGUGCGGCGACAGCCCGAGGAGACCAGCGGUGUACAGGAGCCGAGCGUGGAUUCCCGAGUCUCGUCCCCGCCGCGCACGGCGUCGAGGCAACACAGAGACUGUCUCCAGAGGUGUCUCCUUUCGCUGUCUCUGGUGCGCCUGACGCGUCGCGCCGCGCCGCCGCGUGUCGCUCUUGCUCCUCUGUCGCGUCGCCGCUGCAGCCGUUCCCCCUCGCGGUCGCCUUGAGGGCAGCCCCUCGCGCUGCCGUCGGCACCUCCACGCCUCGCCCCUCGCUCUCGGCCCGGUCCCUCACGCAGCCGGGUGAGCGUCUGCUGAGCGGCAAGCAUGGACGCAUGCAUGCGCUCGCCACUCCGCGCCGAACAGCGGCGCCGACGUUGCCCGAAUCUGCGUCGCGAUUCGCUUCCGUUUCUUCUCGGCCAAGCCCAGAAGCGUCCGCCGUUCUGUGGCCCCGCGCCUCGUCGUUUGUCUCCGUUUCUCCCGGCCAGUCUCCGUCUUUCUUCGCCUGCUCGACUCCUCACGCAUGCGGGCUGUCUGCGGCCCCGCCCAACUCCGGUCAGAUGCCCCGAGCCGUCCCCGCGCCGCUAAGCAGGGCUGCCUGCCUCUGCGCUUCACCGGCGGCUUCUGCGGCUGUCGGAGGCAGGAGUCCCCCCGGCCAGCGCGGGCGUGAUUGUGUGUCGCGAAGGUCCAGCAACGUCCUCUCGACUUCGUCUGCAGACGCCUCGCCCGCAGCAGGCCGAAGCUCUGGAAGCCGCACGGAGUCCCCGGCGGCGGCGCCGAGCCAGCGCGCGGAGGACCGCGGCGCGGGUGCGACGCACAGAGUGGCGAAACAGCCGCCAAAUCUCGCUCGACUGCUGGGCAGCAUCGGCCAACACGCGUCAGUGGAAGCGGGGCCGUUGCGGUCGAGUCGACGGAGCGAAGCGUCUCCGUCUCUGCGGAAGACGGCGACUGAUCCGCACCGGUCGACGCCCUCCGGCCAGAAAGAACGCGAGAGAGAACAGGGCAAGGAAGGAUCGCUUACGAGUCCUCCCGCAGCGGCGCAAGUGGCAAAGUUGGAAAAGAGUGGAGCAGCGACGCCUGCAAUCCCUGCCGUCCCUCUGUCUCCCCUGGCGCCCGAAGGGCCUUCUGCUCUGUAUCCAGGCGUGCCCGCGUCUUCCCGCAAGUCCCUGGCGCUUCGUGAGCCCCAACCUGGCACCUCAGCGAGUGUGCGUGACUUGCGCGGGGCGCCGCUGGGCGAGGCGGGGCGCGCGUCGCAGCGCGGCGAGGGCGGGCUGUGCGGAGAACGCGAGACGGACGCAGGAUGUGAACAGUGCGCCGUGCUGCUCCAGACGCUCGUUCACACCGCGGACCGCAUGCAGCGGCAGAUGGAAGAUGUGGAGUGCAAAGUGCAGCAUCUGCAGGAAGUCGCCGAACGCUCGAAGCGAACAAGUCCUCUCGCGUUUGCGUCUUCGAUGCGAGCGGGCGCUCAGAGCGAGAUGGGCGAAGACGCACGAGCAGCGCUGGGAACGGCGCAGGCGCGUCAGGAGCCUAGCCAGCCUCUGGUGGCUUCACUAGCCUCUCCAGAGCGGGGCACAAGACAGAGAGGAGGCGACGUCGCGCUCGGCGCCGGGGAGGCCUGCCACGACGGUGAGUUGACGCGAGAGAAAGGAGACACAGGAGACGAAAAGGGACGCGACGUCAGACAGGGGGGGAGCUCUGAAGCAGUUGAACGCGACUUGGCCGCGCUGGCACCGAGCCGGCCGGAAGAAGACAGCAUCGUUGCGAGGCUCACGCGAGAGAAACAAGAAGCCCUUGCAGAACGCGACUUCCUCCGUGAAGAGUGCACGACCCUGCGAUAUUCGGUUGAAGUCCUCUCGCAGAUUCGGCUUUUACUGGAAGAACGCGUCGCGCGUCUGGAACGAGCUGUGCUCGGAGCGGCCAAGGCGCAGGACGCUUCAGUGGACGGGGCGAACGGAGACAGGUGUCCCCGCGAAGCCGGGGAGGCGGAGCGGCGCUCCCUCGCGAAGGUCCCGAAGAAGGCACAUGGUCUGGAGCGGACGGGAGAGGGACAGACGCAGACCAAAUCCGACGGCCAAGUGGCGAGUGCGUGGACGGGGCGCCAGCAGCCUCCGCAGGCUGAGGCGCCGUGGGAUCCUGAGACACGAUGCAUGCAACGCCCCGUUCCUGUCGGAUCUGAAGACGACUUCGGGCCGCGAGAGAAACCGGAGCGUCCGGGGUCUUUGCAGGCACGGGAAGCCUGGACUGACGCGCAAAGGAGCGACGCAUGCACGCGGACUCGAGAGCCUUCCAAAACCUCUGCUCGGCGAGCGUCCGACGACCGUCUCGUGGAGGCUGAUUCCGAGGAGACGGCGGAGACAGCGCGGUCGGUGGUCUCCAAGGAGACACCCACCGCCGAGCCGAGGCAAGACGAGGCGAGGGUGGUCGGCGCAGCCUUCAACGCGCAGACAGGCCACGAGCUGCGAGGUCUGCAAGCAUCGCGCGCCUCUCUGGGGCACGACGGAAUCUGGAGCCCGAAGUGGCCGGCAGAGCGCGACAGAGGCGAGGACGCGAAUGAGCGCGAGGCGGAUGGGGCACCAGCAUCUGAAGCGCAGAGGCCACUCAGGCUUUUACCGGGGCCUUCCGCCGAGUUGCGUCUGGGUUCGCAGCCGAGAGAACAAAACCGUUCGUCUUUUGCCGCGCCGGAGGGAACAGCCAGCGAAAACAGGACAUCUCGAUUACGCAGUCCUGUCUACCUCAGCACACUUGUCUCUUCUUCCGGCUUUGCUGAAGCUUCGUCUUCCACCGAUUCUUCCACGUUUCCGGGCGCCUCGCGUUCCUCACUUCCGUCUUCAUCGUCUUCCUCUUCGUCCGCCUCUUCCUCUCCGUCCGCUUCCUCCUCUUCCUCCUAUUCGUCUUCUUCCUCCUCUUCGUCUUCUUCAUCAUUUGCUGCCUCCGCUGUGUCUUCCGCGUCGUCUGCGGCGGGCGGCAUGCGUCCUGCGCUUCUGCUCACGAGCGUCGGUCCCCUCGAAGAGACGAGCGAAUUUGAAUCGCUGUUCGCGCCUCCGCGGCCUCUGGGGGAUUCGGCGCGCGCCUCGCCGCCUCGCUGGGCUCUGCGCGAGUCUCCCGGAGAGCUCGGGGAAACGGCGGCUUUCAAACACGACACGCGGCCCCUGUCCUUUGCGUCUUUCUCGUCCUCGUCCCUGUCUCCUCGCGCUGUGCACGCGACGACUUGUUUGGAGCCUGGACACAGAGAGACAUGCCGGGAGCGACAGCCGGAGCGGCGCCCACAGGCACCGCGUGGAUCGGAUGAAAGCGAGAGAGCGGGCAAAGAACAGGGGCGGGAUGAGCUUGACGGAUUGAGAAGAACCGAGAGAAUGCAACGUACCCCUGAGACGUGCGAACCGAGCUCGCUUGCGUCUUUCCCUUCCUCUUCUUCGACUCGUCCUCCGUCGACGAGAGCCACAGAUAACGAGAGGGCCGCGCCUCCUGAACCUCCAGUGCGUGUCUUGCGUGAAGCUUUGAGCGCGGCACGACAGGAAGACCAGUUUCGGGGGACGCCGAGGAGAGAAGAACUCGAUGGAGAGGGACGAAGGCGGGGCGAGCGCGCGGGGAAAUUGUUGUCCCUUUCCUCGGCAGAAUCCUGCACGGAGACGCUUGGGGCCCAUCUAGCGUUGCAGCCUUCUUCGCCGGCGUCUCGCCCGCAGAUGGAGCAGCGUUUGUCGUCGCCCCGCGCAGACAGGGCGCCGCCGCAGGAGGGGACGGAGAGAGGCGGCGUGCGCCAGGAGCGCGGCGCGCAGAGGGACCCAAACGGGAGGAACGUGAGCCAGGCCGGAGACCGGGUUCGUUGCCAUUCUGGCGUUCCGCACAUACACCGCAGCGGAGGCUGGGAGGCGGCCGGCGAGACAGGGACCCAACCUCUGUCGCGCACGUUCCCGGGGAACUCGCAGACUGGGGGGCGGCCAGGGCGCGAAAGGUUUCUGAAGGCGAACACGGAGAGGAAAGAGACAGGAGGUGGACUCUUGCAGGGAUUCGAGCCUCGUUCACGCGACCUGUCUCCGGAUCUUCCCACGUUCUCGACUCGCCUCCGGCGCAGCGCCGUCGGCGUCGAUUCCGGGACUCCGCCCGGCGUGGGGUUCUCCAGGCUCGCCAUCAGAAGUGUGCAUGUUUCGCCGAGUCUCUCGCCGUCUUCGCUCUCCUCUCUUUCGUCUUCCCUCUCUUCUCUUUCGUCUUCCCUCUCGGUGCCGCUCGUGUCGGCCCUCCUCGAAGACGCCGCGCCGGCAACGCGGAGCAGCUGA